AUGGAAAUGGAAGUUCAAGAUUUGACGUCAGAAAAUUAUGACGUCAUCAUUAUUGGUCAGUCACGGGAAGAGCGGCGGAUAUUCAACGGCCUGAGGGUCAUUACUCCUCCCUUCACCAAUACCCCCCUCGAGAACAUGAAAGACACUCCGGGGAGCUCGCUAACACGACGAAUUACAUGUGUCCCGACGUAUCCCGACUUGGGUUUAAAUGAGUUUCUACUGCUGUACCUCCAUGACGUAGUCCAUGACGUGAUCGUCGUCCUCCAUGACGAUUCAACAGAUGUGUAUGUCGGGGAGCUGAUGGACAGGCAGACCACGUGUGGAGCGGACGUGGAGGUGCUCGUGUAUUCUGUACCAGAACUGACCACAAGGAACCAAUGGCGGCAGACACUGACUUAUGUCCACAAGCUGCUGCAUCAGAGGGGAAUCUACUUCCUGCUUGUCGGAACACGAGCUACCGCUCUAAACACACUUGCUCUGGUAAACUCGUUCGACCGGGGAUCAGACCGGACUACCAACUUCCGGCACCUGUCACACUGGCUGGUGCUGACGGAUGUCACUGACCUCCACAGCUUCCUUCCAGUAGUGGAUAAUUUAGAGAACGUCAUACUGGUGGCUCUUCCUACCCAUCACCGGAGGAUAACCAGGUCUGGGGAGUUGGUGGAUUUCCUUCGAUCUAACAUCGGCACUUGUUUCGACGUGGCAUCACGAGAAGUUAAAUGCAAGAAUGACAAAGAGCUGAAAGAGGACAUUGUCGGCUACAUUAAGAAAUUACUCGGUGACUCGACGGACGCCCUGACCAUGUAUACCCUGACGGAGGUGCGACACAUGGCGAGGUUUGACAGGGUACACACAAAGGACAUACCACGUAGUGGGAUCAGCAACAAGCUCUUCCCCAAUAAAAAGUACAAGUGGAACGGGGUUCAUCUUCUUGUAUCUACAAAACCGUGGCCGGGUUUCGUUGAGAAGACCACGGUGGCGAACAAGACCACCUACAGCGGGAUGUGCAUUGAUCUUCUGCACAGCAUGGUGGAUGCUGUCAAUUUUACGUACACAAUUGAGGAGGUGGAAGAUGGGGAAUGGGGGGCCCUUGUGAAUGGAUCCUGGACAGGCCUUGUUCGUCAGUUGAAGGACAGGGAAAUAGACAUCGGUCUCGCCGACAUCGGUAUCCACGCCAGCAGAGACGUUGUAAUGGACUACAUCUACCCCGCAUUCAAGACAGAGGUCAUUGAUAUUCUCUACCGUAUCCACAACGACUCCGAACUGAGUCUCAAAGAACUGACGACGCCAUUACAACCGAUAGUCCUGCUGUCUAUUGCCCUGUGUCUCGGCAUCGUCACCGUACUGUUUGUCGUGGUGGAGUAUGCGGACGUCGUGCGGCCGAAGCCACUUCCGCUCCUGCUGUGGAAAGCAGUGUGGUACAUGAUUGGGUCCAUUUUGUCGCAAGGUGGGUCAUUGAGACCGAGGUCGUGCAGUGGAAGGAUGCUUGUGUCGUCAUGGUGGUUGUUCUGUCUUGUAUUUACCGCCAUGUACAGCGCAAACCUCACCGUGUCCUUCUGUGUCCAGCGCAAAGUCAUCCCCUUCACCUCGCUGGAGCAACUUGUUCACGCCAGCGACUACACGUGGGGAAUGUUCAAUGGAUCCAUCAACACUCUGCUGUUCGGAACAUCGGACAACCCAUUAUACAAAGAAACAUAUAACCGGCUGAUGGAGUUCGCACGGGCGGACCCUAGCGUACUGAGUAAGGACAUUGAAUCCCAUCUACACAAGGUCAUCAACAGCAAGUACGCCUUCAUCUCCAGUAGAAGCACGCUGGAGGUCAUGGUGGAGAAGGCUCCAAAGGGUGUAGUUCUCACCACGGUAGGGGAGAACAUACACCCAUCAGGGGUGGCGCUGGGGGUGCCGACUGACUCACCACUACUCCCUGAGCUUCAGUGGGUAAUGAGGAACAUCCGAGAAACUGGCAUCAUGCAGCACUGGGUGGGCAAGUACUGGAACACAACUCCAAGAGCCACUACUGCCUUUCAGCUUGGGGGAGAACCACUGCCUCUCAGAAAACUCACUCGCAUUUUCUUCAUAACUGGCUUGGGUCUUUCUACAGCUUUGGUUAUGUUAAUAGUUGAAACUGUGUUUCAAGUAAUACUCACCAUGGCCAAAAAGAAAAAGAAACUUCAUGACAAAUUCUACUCCAAAUAGAACCUUUCCUUGUAUGUUUGAAUUGAUAUUAUUUCUGAUUUAUUCAGGGAAAUUCAGAAGAAAAAUAUUUAAAUAUCAUAAGU